CCAUCAAGCAUGACCGCACGGAAAUCAAUGGCAUCUUUUCCAGUCCCCUCGUUGAUUGCAUUUGGCCCAUCUACCUCAUGGCCUAGCAAAGAUUUUCUCAAAUAUAUUCGGCGUGUUUUGUUGGGGGAUCAGAGAUUAUACAAGUUCGCGGAAGCGAUCCGCGAUCUCCCAAAUGCGUGGCUCUCAUUGGUUGAAAUUGAACCUGCUCUUUCGAAUACACCAGGACUGAAAUAUCUGGAAUCUUUAUCUCAGUGGGUUAAAACUGGAAUUCUUUCGCCUGCCAAUUUUCAAAAAUACGAAUCGGCAGAUGCAUGGGAUUCAAUCCCACCCAACACGCUGCUAUCGCCGUUGACAGUAAUCAUUCAUAUUGUCCAAUACUUUGAGUUUCUUCAACUCUGGAGAGAUUCGGGGUCCAGAUCGCACGUCAGAAGCUCUUCCAUUGUGAUCGAAGGAUUUUGUACGGGCCAAAUCGCUGCACAGGCAGUAGCACUUUCUUCAAGUGAAGAUGUUCUUCUCAAGAUGGCAAGUCGCGCUUUGCGACUCGCUGCAGGAAUGGGUGCGCUGAUUGACCUGGAUGGUAUCUGGCAGGCCACGCCCCACAAAACAAGUGUAUUUGUUGCAAGAUGGUCUUCUCCGGGGGAGAAAGAGCGCUUGCGGGAGAUUGUUGCAAGUAUACCAAAUGCUUAUGUAUCAGUCAUCAAAGACGAGUGUAGUAUGACUAUUACAGUCCCAGAGAGUAUGGAGGGAGAUUUUAUCUCGAAAUCUCGUGCUGCCAACAUCAAAGCCAGCCGGAUCAGCUUGAGGGGUCAAUUUCACACAUCAGCAAAUCGAGGCAUAUACGACACACUGAAAUCUCUUUGCGAUAAACGCGAGGAGUUUGAUUUGCCGCCCACAAAACUUCACAGACACCGAUCAGCUGAAACUGAUUCCUGGCCUGAAAUCGAGAUUGGAUUCUCCAAUUGUGAUGUCCUCGACGCCAUUCUAAUUUCGAGGUGCGACUGGGCAUCUUCGAUAACGAAAGCCGUGUUGAAACUCCCAAAUGACACUUCGCAUACGGUUCUUGAGAUUGGCCUUCAUCGCUGUGUUCCCACUCAACUCGCGAAUAAAUACAGCCUCAACGUAAUCCCUGGAGUCUUGUUCAAGCGUGCUGAAAUGACUGCUUCCCACGGAAUGAAAGCGAAGGUACCGGAAGACAUCGCUCAAGAGCAAACAUACAGUGAUGACGCAAUUGCCAUCAUCGGAAUGGGCUGUCGAUUUCCUGGGUCGAACUCGGUCGAUGAAUUCUGGGAGGUGAUCAAAAGCGGCAUUUCAACCCUUUCGCCUUUUCCUGAAGCCAGAUUUCAGCACUCUCAAGUAAUUGGAAAGGGAGAACUAGCGGGAAAUUUCAUCCGUGAGCCCGAAAUCUUCGAUCACAAGUUUUUCAACAUAUCGCCGCGCGAAGCAGCGUCUAUGGAUCCUCAACAGCGGCUGGCACUCCAAGUUGCCUACGAGGCUUUGCAAUCUUCCGGAUAUUUUAGACAUGAAAACCCCGCUUCCAAGAAUACAGGCUGUUACCUGGGAGUUGCAGCAGUCGACUACCAAGAUAACGUUGAUUCGAAUCGUCCUGGGGCAUUCUCUUUAGUUGGAACUGUUCGAGCGUUCAUUUCUGCAAGAGUCAGUCACCACUUCGGCUGGACAGGUCCAUCUUUGACACUCGACACAGCAUGUUCCUCGUCCUUGGUUGCGAUACAUCAAGCUUGUAAAGAUAUCAGAUCUGGGGACUGUGAUAUGGCGCUCGCGGGCGGUGUAAAUGUCAUUACCAGCCCGUUUCUCUUCAACGCGCUAGGAGCUGCAAAUUUCACCAGUCGCACUUCUGGACAAUGUAAGCCUUUCGACGAGAAGGCAGACGGAUAUUGCCGCGGUGAAGGGUGCGGUCUCAUAGUCCUCAAGCGCCUUUCUCUCGCAUUGGAACAAAAUGACAAAGUGCUCGCCGUCAUACCGAGUUCUGCUAUCAAUCAGAGCGAAAAUGGUUCACCAAUAACGGUUCCACAUAGCGAUUCUCAAGUAAGACUGUUCCAGCAAGUGGUGAACCGCGCGGGAGUAGCUCCAAACCAAGUGUCGUAUCUGGAGGCUCAUGGGACUGGCACACCAAAGGGGGAUCCGAUCGAGAUGGAGAGUAUUCGACGUGUCUUUGGUGUCAACCGAGUUCCGAAUUCUCCGCUUGUGGUCGGCUCAGUCAAAGGUAACAUCGGACACUUGGAAGCUGCAUCGGGAGCUGCUGCGUUGAUCAAAACGGUGUUGAUGAUACAAGAAAAGACGAUUCCCCCACUGGCAAGCUUCAAAAAACUGAACCCCUAUAUUGGUUCGUUACACGAGCAAAAUAUCGAGAUUGCCGUCCGAUCGAGACCUUGGAACACGAUCUGGCGAGCAGCAUGUAUCAGCAAUUAUGGUGCAGCUGGAAGCAACGCAUGUGUUCUUAUUUGCCAGCCGCCUCCCUCUGUACAAGAGCCUGCGAUUUACAUAAAGGCUAAUAGCAGCAGAACGCAGACGAAAGAAGUAUUUCAUAUCUCUGCGCGAACAAAAGAAUCACUCAAGGCAUACUGCCGAACGCUGAACACAUAUGUCGCCAACCACGAUGGACCCACGGAACACUUCAUGUCGAAUCUCGCUUUCAAUCUAGCGUACCGCCACAACCCAGACCAGCCAUAUUCAGUCACAGUAGCUGCUCCCUCAAUCGCGGAUCUUCAAGACAAACUUAGAGAAAUUGCUUCAAGUAAGCAAGACUCCAUUGUUCGCAGUAUCAAUCAACGGAGGCCGGUUGUUCUCUGUUUCGGUGGACAGAGAAAAGAUUACAUCGCGCUAAGCAAGAGUGUGUACGAAAAUUGUGCUCUACUCCGGCACCAUCUCCGUUGUUGCGAGAAGGCAUGUACGCGUAUUGGCUAUGGCCGAAUCUUCCCUCACAUCUUCGAUAAGACCCCCAUUUCCAACCUAGUCGACCUGCACUGCUGUCUCUUUGCAGUACAAUACUCCUGUGCGAGAGCAUGGCUUGACUCAGGCCUAACAGUCGAUGCUUUGGUGGGCCAUAGCUUUGGUCAGCUCAGCGCGCUCUGUAUAUCAGGUGUCAUGAGCUUGCAAGACACACUCUUAUACAUCUGCAAGCGCGCAGAGUUAAUUAAUAGCCGAUGGGGCCCAGAAAAAGGCACCAUGCUUUCCGUGGAGACGGACAAGGUUUUGAUGACUCAAGUUAUGUCUGCCAUCUCCAAGCAAGGUCUUGAUGUUCAAGUCGCAUGCUACAAUACCCCUAGCACGCACGUGCUCUCCGGCGCUCGCGAAGCCAUCAUGUCUACCGAAAAGUUCAUUCACGGCAUGCAGGCCAAUGGAACAAAAAUCUCGUGUCGGAUGUUGUCUGUUACACAUGGGUAUCAUUCUCAACUGGUAGGCGCUAUAACGCCCGAAAUUGUUGCCUUGGCCAAAACCCUUCACUUUCACACUCCUACCAUACCGGUGGAACUCUGUAAUGAGAAACAGUUCCAGGGUAUCAUGACGCCGGAAGAACUUGCAAGCCACUCCCAGCGACCCGUUUUCUUCACAAAUGCCAUUUCUCGGCUUGCCAAACGCUUCUCCUCUGCCUGUUGGAUUGAAGCUGGUUCCGAUUCGGGAAUCAUGACUUUGGUGAAACGCAAUCUGGCCACAGAGAGCCCGAAGUCGCAUCACGUCUGCAUACCGAUGCCGCUUCACAGCGAAGCGACACUGGAUGUGAUUUCUGAUUCAGUUGUUUCGCUUCUUCAAGAAGGUGUACACGUGCGACAUUGGGCACACCACACGCUGCAAAAUCAACAGUAUGACUACCUCAAUCUUCCUUGCUAUCAGUUUGAGAGACCGCGACACUGGCUGGAGUAUAAAAGCCGGUCCACGCCUGCUUCUUCAGACAGACAUACAGAUGAAAAGUUUCAGGAUGGGGAAAUUGUACAGCUCAUUUCCAGCAAUAAUGAACAAGGUGCACGAUUUGGCAUCAACACCAAUGCGGAUGACUUUGUAGCGUGUACAACAGGCCACGCCGUUCUGGGUAAUGCACUAUGUCCUGCUUCUCUCUACAUCGAAAUGGCAACCCGAGCCGCAAAGCUACUUUUAAGAGAUACGACACGUGAGAAUAUGGUCCCACAGAUUGAGGAUUUGCAAAUGUCUUCUCCGCUCAGUAUAACCAGCGCGCAGCCCGUCGAACUUCAUUUGACGCGCGACACCAAACAGAGCUCAGCAUAUACGUUUCGAAUCUUUGGUAACGCAUUUGCACCGACCGAUAAACAGGUCGAUUUCGCUCAAGGUACAGUAGCCCUCCGUAAUUGCUCUCUUCAAGAGCUUCUGACUGAGAGUCGGCGAUACAAGCGCCUUGUCGACCUCAAGCGUUGCCAGGAGCUCCUUGACAACACCAAAGACGCCGAGUCGAUUCAGGGUCAUUUUAUCUAUGAUCAGUUUGGUCCUUUGGUCGACUACAAUCCUUGUUAUCGGGGCCUUCGACGCGUGGCUUCGCUUGAUGGGAAUGUGGCCGGUUUGGUUCACAUGCAUUUCAGUCGCGUCGCGAAGGAAGCAGUCACCCAUCCACUCGCUGUUGACAAUUUCACCCAAGUAGCGGGCUUCUAUGCCAAUAUAAUCCAGAACCGAGACAAGGAAUACAUGUUUCUGUGCACCGCUAUUGGUCGCAUUUCCAUGUAUAGCGACCUUAGACAGAAUGCGCCAGCUGCAGGAUGGUUAGUAUUCUGCACCGUCGAAGCAACACCGGAGACGACUGGGCUGGAGUCGGACAUCUACGUGCUCAAUUCAGAAACGGGAAUGGUGGACGCAAUCCUGUUUGGUGUUCAAUUCGCCAAAGUACGGUGCUCAUCGUUCCGCCGGCUAUUAGAACCGCGAGGUCCUCAUGUUCAAGCCAAGAAACCGGCCCCUAACGGCCUCAAUUCGCAUGGAAAUACCUUGCAUGUAGUGACGAACACCGAAAUCAAGACUGAAUCUCUCAAGGGGUCCUCGUUUCAUGAUCGAUCCAACACAAGAGACAGCCAACUGGGAAUUCACUAUUUCAAAAUAGUGCAAGAUAUCAUCGCGGAGGUCAUGCAGGUGCCACUAGUCGAUAUCCUAAUGACAUCUGAUUUGAUUGAGCUAGGAAUUGACUCCCUCGUCGGCAUCGAGCUCUUGACCGAGAUAUCAAUCAAGAUCGGAACUACGCUAUCGACUGUCGAUUUCGCUAGCCUCGGAACAGUAGGAGACUUGAUCUCGAUCAUCAAGUCCACAUGCGCAGACAAGGAAAUAACACUGAAACCCCUUGUGGAUGAAUAUUUCAAGCGUCCUGUACAGUGGGAAUCUGCUACUGCUCCCCUCACCAACGGCACAAGCACGAAUGAGGAUUGCAAACCCAAUCAGCACGAGAGAGUGAGCCAAACGAUCUCGAUGAUUCUCUCAGAGCUUCUCGAUCUCGCUCCUGAUGCUAUGACGCUAUCUCUACAUCUGGAAAACGCAGGACUUGACUCGCUCCUUUCCAUCGAACUGUUUUCGGAAAUCGAAAGAAAACUCGAUGUCAAAAUUCACAGCAGCGAGCUCGUUUCUGUGAUUUUGUUGAGUGACCUCGUGAAGCUUGUACAAGACCGAACUCUAUCCAACGGCCCAGAUCGAGAUGACAGCGUCGAAAUAACAUCCUCAAUCAUUCAUACGCAGCUUUCAAACGGUCAAACUCAAUUGGAAUCCACACACACUAUUGUUCCCGUAUUUUCAAAGGAAGCUAACGCCCACGAAACAACCCCAUCUUUGAUUGCCUCACCUGGCAAGAUCUUCGCCUCUAUGCAACCAUCUUUCCCUCAGCUCGCCGAACAAACAAAAUUUGCAGCUUUCUUUGAGAGCGUCUAUCCCGCUCAACGCGAUCUGGUGGUCAGCUAUGUCGUGGAAGCACUGUCAGAUCUGGGGUGCUCCCUGACUACAAUGCCCCCCGAUACACAAGUGGAAAUACCCAGAGUGGUUUCUGAGUCGAAGCACUCUCGACUAGUCCCACGCUUGAUGAAGAUACUCGAGGAGGCUGGGUUGGUUUAUAAAUCCUCUAGUGGGUUGUCACGGUCACAAAAGCUGGUUUCGGUUACACAUUCAUCAGAUCUGUAUCAAGAGCUAUUGAGCGCAUUCCCUGCUUUUGCGCUCGAACAUCGUCUUCUGAACGCCAUGGGUAGCAAGUUAGGCCCGUUCCUGACAGGUCAAACCGAUCCACUACAUGUACUUUUCAGUGAAAACAAGCAACUGAGUGCAGACGUGUACGCGGCUUCACCACUGUUUGCGACACCCACACACAUUCUUUCGACAUAUCUGGCUGCCUUGUUUGGCCAAGUGAGGAGCAUAAGUCACGGGAGUACUAAGCCAGUCAUACGCAUUCUUGAACUUGGUGCUGGAACAGGUGGCACGACGGCCGUCGUGUUAGACAUGUUGGAGAAGAUCGAAAAUGUCGUCUUUGAAUACACUUUCACCGACCUAUCGCCAUCCUUUCUGCACCACGCCAAGCGUCGGUUCUCCUCGCACAGUCUAAGUUCCAACAUUGUAUACUCCAUCGUCGAUAUCGAGACCGAACCUCCAGCGUCCCUGCGCUCGUCAUUUGAUAUCAUUUUUGCAUCGAACUGUAUUCACGCCACACGAUCCCUGCACGAGUCAUGCAGUCAUAUUCGCAUGAUGUUGCGGUCCAAAGGAAUCAUGUGUUUGAUUGAACUCAUGCGUCCCCUGGGUUGGCUAGACUUAGUCUAUGGGCCACUGGAUGGUUGGUGGCGGUUCAGUGACGAGAGACAAUAUCCACUUGUUAGCGAGGUGUACUGGAGGAAUGUGCUCCGUGAGGCCGGAUUUAAGCACGUAGACUGGAGCGGGAGGGGAGGGGAGGGAUUGGAAAGUACGCAAAUACGGGUUCUGCUGGGAUGUGUGGAAGAGCAAGAAUCCGUGGAGAAUUUGAGGCUGAGGCCGGUGGAGGGUUGUAGGGAUGCAGUUAUGGAGACGAUACGGUUCGCAUGCGUAGGUGGUGUGGAGCUGUUUGCGGAUAUCUACUAUCCCAAAGAAAAAGAAGAAGGGAGAAGAAACACGAAAACGCUUAUGGAUGUAGAGAAACGACCGGUCGCUCUCCUUAUCCACGGCGGUGGGCACAUCAUGCUCUCGCGUACCUCGAUCCCACCAUCGCAGCUCCGAAUUCUACUCGACAAAGGCUUUCUGCCCAUAAGCAUCGACUAUCGUCUGUGUCCCGAAGUGGCCUUGGAACACGGAGCCAUGUCCGACGUCCUGACUGCAUUGCAGUGGAUACGCCGUAGUCUUCCUUUCCAGGCGCUCUCGCAUGGCUAUAUACGUCCCAAUGGUAGGCACGUGGUGGCCGUAGGCUGGUCCACGGGAGGCAUGCUCGCCAUGAGCUUGGGUUGGACCGCAGCCACUCGCGGAGUACAAGCUCCCGAUGCCGUUCUCGCCUUUUACAGCCCAACGAACUAUGCGGACGAAUCGUGGAGGCGGCCAAUUUUCCCAAACGGUACUGACAAGUUGGCCAGUACGAUGGAGUACGUGGUAGCGGAAGGAUUGUCCGAGAAGCCACUCACUGCAUACCAUCCGAAAGCACUGGCAAAGCAAAUCACAGGCGGUUGGAUGGCCACUGGGGACGUGCGGUCGAGGAUUGCGCUACACAUGAAUUGGAAGGCCCAGACACUCCCCAUACUCUUGGGUGCGUUCGCACUCGAGCAUGGCCAAAAUAACAACGACAGCAACGACUGGGGGAAGCAGGGGAAGGUGCCGCUAUUUCCGCAGCCAUCAGAGGCGGCCAUCAGCCGCAUCAACCCGUACGCCCAGAUCGUAAAAGGGUCGUACACGACGCCAAUCUGCUUGUUGCACGGAAGCCUUGAUGACCUCGUCUCUGUUUCACAGGCCCGCGACACAGCAGCGGCGCUGCAAGAAGCCGGGGUGGAAUCGAAGCUGUUGGUGGUGGAGGGCGCGAGGCAUUUGUUUGAUUCGGCGUCGCCUCGCGAGGUGCGCGAGGCGGUCGAGCAAGGAUACAUGUUCGUGGCGUCGUAUUGCAACACGUGA